AUGCAAAUUCUCAUUGAUUCAAUCAUUCUCAGUUUCUCACUCAGUCACUCUGUCAGUAACUUGAGUGACACUAGUAGGAGAAUAUUGAACCAGGGAGUGGAGAAUUGGUGGGAUGAAUUGAUUACCUUUGUUAGGAAUUUGAUUGAUCGAUGUUUCCAUAGGGGCGUGUUUCAUUUAACUGUAGUAAUGUUCACACUCGAGUGCCUUCAACUGUUUAAGGAAUUUCUCCAUGAAUUAUACAAGUCGGAGUUUGAAGAAGUGGAAGAGAAAGAUCCCUUCAACCCUAAGAUGCCCAUUAAGAAACAAGAUGAGUACAUAGUUGGUGCUUUUUCUUACUUUAAAACAAGAUGCCCAUUAAGAAAUGAAUAUCAAAUGAAUAGAUACUUUCAACGAAAAAGGAACUUAGAUAGUGUUGAUAAGGGGGCAUCGAAUAAUGUGGAUGUUGAUGAGGGGUUAUCGAAUGAUGUGGAGUUUGAUGUCACAAAACUUCCAACUGAUCCUGGUUUAAGGAUACCCAUUUUGGAUUACAAUUCUAACAUCCGAGAUGAAUUUAAAGAGUUCGGUAGUUGGUUGGAGUACAGUGUAGAGAAGGAUGCUGCUUAUUGUUUGUAUUGUUAUCUUUUCAGAACAAGUUCUGGAAAUGCACAUAAUCAAGCUCGCAUUAAAUGUGAAGUGUUGAUGAAUCAAGAGCAACACAUUCAAUCAGUUUUCUACAAACAGUCAGAACAAGCAAGAAAUGCAUAUAUUACACGCCUUAAUGCAUCCAUUGAUUGUGUUCGAGUUCUUUUGCGACAAGGGCACUCAUUUCGAGGUCAUGAUGAAUCUGAGGAUUUUCUCAAUCCAGGUAACUUCUUAGUGCAAUAUCAAUUUUUGGCUGCUCAUAAUGAAGUUAUCGAUGCCGUCACAUUGGGAAAUGCUCCUCACAAUUGCAAAUUGACAUCACCUGAUGUUCAAAAGGAUAUAGUAAAUGCUUGUGCUAUUGAAACGAUCAAUGUUAUUAUUAAAGAUGUUGGUGACUCGCUAUUUUCUAUUCUAGUUUAUGAAUCUUGUGAUGUGUCAAUGAAGGAACAAAUGUCUAUUGUUUUACGUUUUGUAGACAAUAGUGGGCGUGUCAAUGAACGCUUCAUAGGGAUUGAACAUGUUACAAGUACCACAGCUCUAUCACUUAAGGCUGCAAUUGAUAAGGUAUUUUCUAGAUAUAACUUGAGUAUGUCUAGAUUGAGAGGACAAGGUUAUGAUGGAGCAAGUAAUAUGCAAGGUAAGUUUAAUGGUCUGAAAACACUUAUUUUGAAUGAGAGUCCAUGUGCCUUUUACAUUCACUGUUUUGUUUAUCAACUCCAACUUGCGCUUGUGGUUGUGGCAAAGAAGAACAUCCCUAUUACUAACUUCUUCGGUGUGGUUGGGAACGUAAUAAAUACUGUUGGAGCAUCUUCCAAACGAUGUGAUCUUCUUCGAGAAAAACAAUUAGACUUUAUUGCUGAGGCAUUGGAAAAAGGUGAGAUUUUAAGUGGACGGGGACUUAAUCAAGAAACGACCUUCAGCACUCUGGUGAUACACGAUGUACUCGCAAUAAUUAUUGAAGAUGAGUCUUGUUCUUGUGAUCAAAGAUUUGAUGCAACAAAUUUAUUAGAGUUGAUACAAAGAUUUGGUUUUGCAUUUAAUCUACAGUUGAUGAGAAGUGUGUUGGGGAUUUCAAAUGAACUGUCAAAGGCAUUGCAAAGAAAAGAUCAAGAUAUUGUGAAUGCAAUGCAAUUGGUAAGAUUGUGCAAACGACGACUCCAAAUAAUGAGAGACGAAGGGUGA